GUGUGUCUGAUGUUCAUCCGAUGACUUGUUUGCAUUAACUGAACGGCUAAAGUGUUUUCAUUUCAUCGGCAUAAAAAUUGCAGUUUUCUGUAGGAAUUUCUUAAAAGGUUUGUAAAGCAUGUGAUUCUUGAUAUGAUAAAUUUAACUGUAAAGUGCCUAUGUUUCUGUAUGAAUAUAAAUUGGUACCAUGUGGCCAGUGGCCCAUAUUACAUACUACCAUAUACCAAAUGAUUUCAUGGUACUGUGGUAUAAACCAAUCUAGACCUAUUAAAGCCCAACAUUCUCUCUCUUCAAAUUCCCCCUUGUUUUUUGUUACUAAGAAAGCUAACAUUUAAAAUAGGGACCAUUCGAAAGCAAUUUCCCAUUGCAAUGAUGGCAACAGAACCGCCAACAAAGAAGCAAAACUCAAGAAAGACAAUCGGCACUCAUAGUGGGACGUUCCACUGUGACGAGGUGUUAGCAUGUUGUAUGUUGAAGCAGUUGCCGGAAUAUGGUGAUGCCGAGAUUAUACGGACGAGAGAUGAAAACGUUUUAAAGACGUGUGAUAUAGUGGUUGAUGUUGGGGGGAAAUAUGAACCUGCGUCUCAUAGAUACGAUCAUCACCAAAGGUACUGUCUGUCAGUCAUCUGUUAGUCAUUACACACUUCCGGAAAGUAUGUCACUUUGGCUGCAGAGCCUUGUUUUCAUGUAUCUGACAUCAGUUAAAGCCCACGUCUCUCAAUCUCGAAAAACGAAUCCCUAUAUAAGGCAAGGUGAUGGUACUGGUGUCAGUGAGGUAAGCUGUCAUCAGUUCAUGCUUGAAAUCAAUGCAGUUUCACAUUCAUGAUUUCAAACAAGAAUGGCUGUCACCAUCUAUAACGGCUCUAAUCCAGUCGGCGUUCGUGAAUCAAUAAUGUUGCUUGCUUAACCCUUUGAGCCGCAAUGCGCCCUGCUUAUUUUUUUACUUGUCUAACGCCAGACAAUUUUACUCAUCAAUGGGGAAGCUCUGCAGCUUAAUGGGUUAAGUGGGUUAACCAAAAAAUCUGACAAUGUUUCUAGCUAACCCAUUGAGCCACAAUGCACCCUACUUAUUUUUUUUACUUGUCUAAUGCCAGAUGAUUUUACUCAUCAAUGGGGAAGCUCUGCAGCUUAAUGGGUUAUGCUCUCUAUUGCCUCAUUACUGUUCUGAUAAUGUAAGAAUACUGGAAUAAUUAAACAAAGCUUGGCAUAACACACAUUGUCAUUGUCUGAUUAAGUUGUUCCAAAAAUAUCCACACUCCCCCCACAGAGGAAAUUUCUGCCAUCCGGAGGGCGGGGAGGGAUGAAAAAUUUGUUUCUGAUAAUAGUAAGUGUAUUAGCAUGUAUUAUCCAAUUUCCUCCGUGGGAGAAGUACUGUAUGCAUGUUUUCUGGAAUGACCCAAAACGUUAUCCGUUCUGACAUAUUGUAGGAGUUUCUCGGGUACUAUGAACUCUCUGGCUGGCACGAAAUGGGAGAUUAAGCUAAGCAGUGCUGGUUUGGUUUAUCUUCAUUUUGGAAAAGACAUUCUAUCACAGUUGAUGAAAGUAAAUAAAGAUGACUCGACAGUUGAUUUAAUUUAUGCAAAGGUGUAUGAAAAUCUUAUUCAAGAAAUCGAUGCAAUUGAUAAUGGAGUUGACCAGUUUGAAGGUGAACCAAGGUACUGUGGUUGUUGAAUCAUCUGUCAAUGUGCAUUGAUCGUUUUUUUAACAGUCUUUAACAGUCUGUGCUUAUUUAUGCGUGAUAUUAUAAAGAUUGCAUGAGAUUACCUGAUAGUUUACUAUCAGUUCCCCUAAUACCAGUGCCGCCAAAAGGGGGGGGGGGCAGCACCACUGUGUGUUCACAUUCUUACAGUAUAUAUGGCUAUAAAUUUUUCCAUUAAUUCAUUACAGAUAUUCAAUCUCAACAAACAUCAGUUCAAGAGUCGGAGCACUAAAUCCAAAAUGGAAUGCCAAAAAUCCAGACCCUGAGGUAUACCUAGUGUGAUAAAAUGUUGCAGUAUGUAUUAAUUUUCCAGAAUGUUACGUACCUCGAUCAAACAUGGAGGUCCAGUGUUUGGAUCUACACUCUUGAUAAAUUCAUGUGGUUGGUGUUUGACCUAUCUUCAUCAUUUCGAAAGAAUCUUUCCAGGUUUAGAAUUCAUGCACAACCACGUCAGCCAAUUUGUUGAUUUUCACCUUGUCUUCAAUUAGGCAGGUUUUGCCAAAGCAAUGAAGAUGGUUGAAGAGGAGUUUUUGGAAACAGUGAGUUAUUUUAAAGAUGUGUGGCUACCAGCAAGAACAAUUGUACAAACAGCAAUUGAGAAAAGAUUUGAGGUAUACUGCAUGAAAUAGAACAUCAUUUUAAUUUUUAUAUUAAUACUAUACCAUUGUAAAAUGAGAAAGUUGAUGAAUGUUGCAAGUCUUGCUCAUGUUUGACCGAUCCAACAGAGCUCUGGCACGUGCCAAGAGGUUCACCGUGCCGAUUACUUUGUUUUAGUUGAAAUAUCAAUUCUGCUCUCCUUCCUCCACUCUAAGCUUUCAAACAAAGUUAUUUUUCCUCAACCAUACUAUUCAUCCUUGUACGAGGUUGCAUACUAUUUUGUAAAACUGAUUUUAGUUAUUUAAAGAAUGAAAGUAUAGCUCAGUUCUGUUGCUAUCUAAUCAAUAUACCUAUAGUUAAUUUGGAUGACUUUUAAUAAGACUCCCUAGACCCCUCCUCACAGCCGCCUACUUUAUCAACACAGCCACCUACUCAGAAUAAUUCUGAAUGCCCUGAUUGUAAUCAAAUGUGUUUUGAAAAUCCACUAAUAGAACUAAUUGCAGUCCGUAAGUGCUAGAUGGUUUUAUAUAAUUAUUUGUUGUUAGGUUGAUUCCAGUGGUGAGAUAAUUUCCAUCGAAGGAGGAUGUCCAUGGAAGGACCACUUAUUUACUUUGGAAGAGAAACUCAGUAUUGAUGUACCCAUUAAAUAUGUCUUGUUCUCUGACCAAAAUGGAAAAUGGAGGGUGCAGGUUUGUCGAAAUAUGCCAAUCAAUUUAUGCUUUCAGAUAACUCAUAUAGUUAACUACCUAAUAGACCUUUCCCCUUAUGAGUGAAAUUUUGAUCUAGACAAGCCUGGACAAAAAUUUCAUCAUAGCUUGAAAGAGCAUCACAAAAUUAGUAAUAUUCCGAAGUUUCGUUGCAAAAUGUUGUAAAAUGUGGAUAAUAUAGCCUUGUGAAGUUUACCGUUUUUCAGUCAUUUUAAUUUGUAUUACAAUCUAACAUUUUGCAUCAGAUGAUCAAACUGAUGCAAAAUGUUAGAUUGUAAUGCAAAAUGACUGAAAAACGGCAAACUUCGCAAGGCUAUAUUAUCCGCAUUUUACAACAUUUUGCAACGAAACUUCGGAAUAUUACUAAUUUUGUGAUGCUCUUUCAAGCUGUGAUGAAAUUUCACUUAAAAAGGUCUAUUACCACCAGUCCCCUGUUAUGAUAAUGUAAUCAUAGGAUAUGGGUUUGGUACAUAUACUAAGAUCAGUCAUCAGUUCAAUAUAGACACUAAUAUGUCCAAAAAUAAUCCGCAGCUUAAAUCCUAAACAAGUCAAACUCACAAACCUUCCUAAAAAUUCAUCCAAUUUCAAAUGGCAAUACUGGACGUGCAAUACACCCUUUAAAUAAUUACGUCAUUUGGCCUGGGAGCCUCGCUCUCAUGAAUCGUGAGCCAAUCACCUUGCGUAAUUUGCUGAUGAGAGCGAGGCUCCAGGACCAAAAGUAUGUGUGACGUAAUUAUCGAAUGGGCCGGUGUAUUGCCUUAUUGCUAAUAGUGUUUCUUUUUCUCCUAUAGUGUGUUCCUGUUAGCCUUAAAUCGUUUGAAAACAGGUAAGUUUAAAUAUUAGGGAACAACCUUGUUGGAACAACCUUGCAACAAGGUUGUUAAAACUGUUAACAAUACAUGUUGACAACUUGGGACAAACAGUGCGAACACAACUGGUUGACGGCUUGCUGGCAGACUUGCCACAAGACGUGAGAUUUCUGCGUGCGUGGACGUCAAGCGGCCCCAAUGGGACCCACGUACUUUGUAAUGAUUCUAUUCAUCGUCGUAGUAUACAGGAGAUCUUGUGCAUGCUUUAAUGUGUUAAUAUUGAUUUAUUAAAAUCAGGUUAAGUCUACUGGAAGCGUGGCGUGGUGUCCGCGAUGA